AUGGGAAGAGACUGGACAAAAGUGACAAUUAGUUUCCUGUUGAUCCUUGUCGCUAAUGCACAAAUCGAGAAAAAUAUUGAUAAUGUUCAACAAUCAAUUCUGACUGUACCUGUCAAUGAACACGAAUUGACCAAUUUGAUUACCAAUGAUUCACUCGAUCAAUCAUGGCAAACAACAACUGAACGAACAUUAAUUAGAGUAACUCGUCUUGAAUCGAAUACUAACCAACCGAAAGUGCAAAAACGUCAACGACGUCAGAUAAUAGAAGCCAUACAAACAGCUGGUUUUGUUAUAAACGUUGCCAAAGCCGUACAAAACACGGAAAGUGAGAAUGGCGAAUACGAAAAAAUUGGUGAAGAAAUUCUGGGAAUGGCAAAGAAGGUGGCCAUUGCAGUGAUCGUGAUUGUCUCUCUAUGCACUGUUUGCUGCCUAAUUACAACAGUUGUUAUUUGUGCAAAAUGUUGUUGUAACAAUAAAAAUCGAAAACGGAAUCAAGGUACAACAACAAUUCAAGUACCUCAACCGAUCUAUGUUCAUACAGGGCCUGGAGGUUACCAACCACAAUAUAAUCCUUAUCAACAACAGCAACCAUGGUCAUCUGAGAGUCGACCAAUGUUACCGCAGCCAAGUGCACCACCGCAACAAAAUCAUCAUUUCCAUAUUGAACAUCCCCCGCCGCCAUACGAAAAACUUUACACUGGAUCUAUCGUCGUUGACAGACAAGUCACAAGUGCUUGUGAAACUAUUACUAUUAACAUCAGUUCCACAUUAGAUCAACGAUGUUUACACACAAAUGAAACAACAACAACUGAAGCUAUGGGUAACGUACCAGAUUUUUGUCGAAACAGCUCCAUUGCAAUCAAUGAAACAUCCUAUGCGAAAUUAUCCGAAUGUUGGACAGAAACGCGCAUAGCGGAUGUUCUCCGAAAAUGUUUACCAUUGAUUAUCUUACCUGUGUCACUUAUCUGUAAUUCUUUAUCGUUUAUUGCUUUACGAAGUCGACAUAUGCGUGGAACAUCAACAGCAUUUUUCAUGCUAGCACUCAGUGUGCUCGAUCCACUUGUAUUGUUGACGAAAAAUCUUGUAUAUUUUCCAGCAUUAGUUGCUUCACAUGCUAUUCUAUGUAAAAUUCUUUAUUUUCUCAUCUAUGUACUUGGUUACACCAAUGUUUGGAUACUCGUGAUUAUGACAGCUGACAAAUUCUUCGCUGUUUGGUUCCCGCUGAAAGUAUCAUAUUUUUGCACGAUAACUCGAGCAAAAUAUGUCUGUAUAUUUCUCUUUGCCAUGACGAGUAUCAUUUCGUUGCAUCAUUUUUGGACUAUUGAUAGUAUACAGUAUCCCCACUAUCCUAACCGACGUUUUUGUUAUUAUGAUCUGCAACGUUAUGGAUUCAUUCAACAUACAUGGCGUUACACGGAUUUCGUCAUUUGGUGUUUUCUACCGUUCAUUCUCAUAUUAACAUUGAGUGUUUUGAUUAUUUACAAACUACGACAGAAGGAACAAACGUCUCAUUCGAACGUUCGCCAGAUACUCGGUACAAAUUCAAACAAUGAAAGGGUUUCAAGUCAGAAACGCCUUAGCAAACAACUUCAACAGCAAUCGCAACAGCAGAGAAAAUCCGACAGCCAAGGUUUUGAAAUGCGCAGUACACAGAAAAGUGAAGUCAUACGUUCAAGACAACGUCACAUAACACUGAUGUUACUUGCUGUGGCUGUCGUUUUCCUUCUUCUUACAUUGCCAAAUAGUAUCUACUUUGUACUUGACCUAACAUAUGGUUUUAACAAAUUGCCAACUGACGAAAACUACGAACAUUGGCUACGUUAUCGACGUUUAACAAUCCUGACUGUUAUUAUGUUUCAAUUAAGCGAUUUACAGCAUGCAACGAACUUCUUCUUAUACUUACUAACGAGUGACAAGUUUCGUCGAUCUGUGACAAUGACAUGUGCAUCAUCAGUGCACUUCGCGCCAUCAAUAUUGAAUUGUUGUUGCCGAGAUAAGAUUGAUUCGGCCUCGUCGUUUCAAAAUCAUUAUUCAGGUCAGAAGUAUGAUAAAACAACGAUGUCUUAUCGAUUGAGUGCGACAGAAAGAUCAAGUAUAUCAGCAAAUCCACGACAUAUGAAUACGCAACAGGUCCAUCAACAAUCAUCGGCAGCUUAUCGUUCAUCAAGUUCACGACCUUCGAGAUCCAUUAUUCAAUCGUUAUGA